CUUAGGCGCACUAAACAUGAGCGUAGCCUGCUGCAUGAUACAAACCGUUUUAUUUUGCACAUUCCUAAAUCUGGCUAAGAAGCAUAGAAAUAUUAUUUGCAAAUUCUCUUCAGUAGCAUAUUUGAUGCGUAAAGAGGCUACGCGGGCUGAAAUUUAAAGAAGCGCACAGAGAUGGAUGUGGGCUCGGACCCGGACCCGUGACCAGGUGCCCUGUUGUUAAGCGCGUGCGGAUCACCUGGGCAGCGUUUCGCUUCUCUCUCAGUUUACGGAGGGCGCGGAUGGAGUUCAAGUCGGAGUGCAGCAGGUGUGCGUCAGUGUUUCGCCACGUGGUCAACUUGUGCAACGGCAGGUGGCGUUGAAGUCUGGCCUCCAAAUGGUAUCAUGCGCGUCCCACUUUCUUCUCUGCUUCUGGUUUUGAUUGGGAAGUGCUCGCUGAACUGGACCGUCGUAGUGAUACAGAGGCGCCACAUGGGGAGCAGCCUCCUGGGUUUCCUGUGCAUCUCCUUAGCACUUGUGGACUCAUUCCUAGCCUUCAUCCUUUCAACCAUCUAUUUCCUGCAAGACGUGCAUGUUUUCGGCCUGCGUAUCACCACCCAUCACAUCUGCUUGCUGGUCCAGAUAGCCUGCUUCACCUACAGCCUCCUGCACUGGCCAGUCUUUGUCCUGAUAGGGUUGGACCACGGCUGGAACCUAGCCCUCCAUCCGGUUCCGUUGCGCUGGUACCGCAAGCUCGGCUACACUCUGAGCGUCAUCCUCAUUUGGGCUGCAGCCGUCCUCUAUGUCUUCUUAGCCUCCGAUUUGUACCCAGAGGUCGGAGAGGAGUUUUAUCUCCUGAUAGAGCAAUGCUGGGUGUUCAGCAGCCCCCAAAGCACCCAGGUCUUCAUGGUGUCACUGCUGGCUCUGGCAUGUGCUGUCCUGCACAGCUCCCUAGUGUUCCUGGCCCGCACUGCUAAGGGGGGGGAACCACCCGCUGUGGGCCUUUCAGUGCAUGCGGGACCCCUCUCCGUGGCUCCAAAGGCCCACCCGUCCAGCAGAUUCAUGCUCCACACGACACUGAGCUUCCUCAGCACUUGGGUGCCCUUUGUGGUCCUACAGACAAUCUUGCUAUUGUUUCAGGUGGACACUCCUGCAUACGUGGACCUGAACGUCCCAUGGCUUUGCUUUCUGAACAGCUUCGCAAUUGGUGCGGUUUUGUGGCGUCGUUCUCAGCUACCUGGAUUUGAGAAGGACUCCACGUUUACUGAUGGGUUUUGCCAGUGGGAUUUCAGUUCUGAAUUCGCAGAUGUUGAUAACUGUAACACAGAGCAGCUGAAUUGUGACAUCUUGGUUUACAAAGGAGAAGUACUUUUAUAGUAAUGUGGAAAUAUGCAGCACUUAAACUGUGAAACAUUAAGAACUGAUUUAAUUUUCUUUUUCUCUGCACACUAUAGCAGACAUUCUUCAUAUAUGCAAGCCAUUCAUCGAUGAACUCCUCACAACGAGAGAGGCUAUGACCUGAAAGUACCAACGUGCAAAUGUUUUUGAUAUGUAGGUGUACCAUGCUACAGCACAUCUUUAUAUGUAUAAACCUAUAAAAAGCUUCAGCUGUGUGCAUUUGUUGGUGUGGGAGAAGGGUAGGGAUGUUUUCCUCGUCCAUUUUGAAAAAUGUUUCUUAGCAACGUCUGUUUAAUCAAAACAGUGUCAUGGCACAUAUAGUGAUGAUAAACACAUUUAUUCAAACAUUUUUUUGAAAU